AUGAUUUGGGCUCUUGUCGGUUCGUGUAUUCAAUCUGCGUCGAGUGCCAGAAUUUUAGCCGUGAAGACAGUCGAAGGUAAAAGCCACAGGAACUUUAUGAGUGGUAUACUGAGGGCGUUGGUGAACAGCGGACACCACAACGUCACUGUGUUCACACAGUUUACCGACGGUAACCGCGAAAACUAUACCGAAGUGGAUACAACUUUAGAGGGGGUUAUGCAAUUUAUGGACAUGUAUCUAAAACAUAUGAUGAGUAGAAGACUUACAAUAAUAGGUGAGUUUGUAAUGAUGAGUAGAAAUUUGUAG